AUGCUUAGGGCUCCCGAGCCGCGGCCCAGGGAGGCGGGGGCGGCCACCCAGUCCAAGCCGCUCACCUCCUUCCUCAUCCAGGACAUUCUGCGGGACGGCGCGGAGAGGCGCGGCGGCCACACGAGCAGCCCGCAGCCCCCGCGCCAGCCGGACCCGCGGCGAGACCAAGAGCCGGAGCCCGAGCGAGGAAGAGGCGGCGCUGGGGCGCCCGAGGACGAGUGGAGCGCCCGGCCCGGCACCGGGCAGGAGGCCGACGCGCCGGCGGAGAUCGAGCCAGAUAGACACUUUGAGACUUAUCUGAUGGACUGUGAAAACAGUGCAGGCUCCUUACCAAGCCUUCCGCAAACCUCGAAACAGCCGCAGAAGCGCUCCCGUGCUGCCUUCUCCCACACUCAGGUCAUUGAGUUAGAGAGGAAGUUCAGCCACCAGAAGUAUCUGUCAGCCCCUGAAAGGGCUCACCUGGCCAAGAACCUCAAGCUCACUGAGACCCAAGUGAAAAUAUGGUUCCAGAACAGACGCUAUAAGACCAAGCGAAAGCAGCUCACCUCGGACCUGGGAGACCUGGAGAAGCACUCCUCCCUGCCGGCUUUGAAAGAGGAGGGCUUGUCCCAGGCCUCUCUCCUCUCCAUGCAUAACAGCUACCCUUACUACCCCUACCUGUACUGCUUGGGAGGCUGGAACCCACCUUUCUGGUAG